UGCCAUUGCAACAGUGAGCACAUUAUAACCUUCCAGCUAUCACAAAUUCACAAAAACACUGAUAAAAAAAUUCGAAAUCGCAUAAUUCACUUGCCGAAAAUUUAUUCAAAAAUGAAUGAUAAAGGUGUUAUAAAACUGACAAGGAGUCAAGCCGCUGAAAUGCAGUGGAAACUCAUUUACACUUGGCCUACAAAAUCUGACACCUGGCCGUAUUACUAUGGGUUAGGGGCACUUUCAGUCGCAGCGUCGCUUUCAUCAAUUUAUAUAUCAGUACAUUUCAAAAGAAAAUUCAAACUUGGAACAUUUGGCAACAUGUCAUUGAUGUUUCCAAGUAUAAUGGUGCCUCCAGUAAUACUAUCAUUGUCCCACCAAAAGCUGGUAUCUGAGCCAAUUCUUCUACAAACAGAAUGUCCAGUUUGUAUUCAGUUCCGUUCUUUAAUGAUUCAGAACCUUGUUGGACUGGGAUAUCCCUUGCUGAUGGCACCUACACUAAGCGUUGCAUUGGCUAAUGUGUUCAGUACGAUGAAACUUCCUACUUUCUCCAUAAAAAAUAUACCAGAAUUCUAUUACUUAUUUACAAAGUUGUCCAAACGAUUAAAACUCCCUCUUUUAUUUCUAUUUACUUUCCACUCAGCAAUUUCUAUUUAUGUUGCAAAUCAGGAGGCAUAUAGUUUAUAUACAAUUUUAGAUAAGUUAGAUUCACAGAAUUGAAAAUGAUAAUCUUCUGAACAUUUAUUUCUUUUGUUAUACACUAAUUAGUUAAACAAUGUAAAAAUGUAUAUUAAACAUCUUAAAAAUGA